AUGGCGCUGUAUGAAACGCGUACGGCAUUCAUUCCGACGCGGAAUCGAAGCACGCGUCGAAGUAUUUUGUUUUCAUUGCUACAUUGCCGUACAGUGGUGGAGCAGCACUCCCAGGAGCUACGAGACAGUCUGAGGUAUGUGGCGUCUCACGAGACGGACUGCCCGGGUUGCCUGCCCGGGGCGGUUUUUAUGUGGUGUAAGGCGUNCCAGGUGUUCGGCGACCCGGAGUACCUGGGAGCCGCUCUCCGCGCGGGGGAGGUGGUCUGGCAGCUGGGAUUGCUCAAGAAGGGGCACGGACUGUGUCACGGGACCAGUGGUAACGCCUACGCGCUCCUGGCCCUCCAUCGCGCCGCGGGCGGGAGCCCCCUCUGGCUGCACCGGGCGAGGAUGUUCGCGGCGCACAUGGGAAGCGCAGAGGGGCGAGCGGUGUACGACACGCCCGACAGGCCCCUGUCGCUGUACGAAGGGCGGGCGGGGGCCUUAUGUCUGCUGGCGGAUCUGCUGGCUGAUGACGGAGGCUCAGCGGGCGCCAGGUUCCCGGCAUUUGAACUGCCCUAG